AUGAGAAAUCACAUGUUAGUCAGGUGGAAGCUAGCCGUUUGUGAAACUGGAGAGUUUAAGGGAAGCCUGACUGGAAUAAGCAUCGGUAGAGUGACUCUAUGCGAAAAGAUAUCAAGGACCUUCCUAGCAGUUGCAGAUAUAGCCUUUGCAUUUCGUGCUUACGCCAACGCCAUUUUUGAAGUUCAGGACAAAGUUGAAUCCCCAGUGGAGAAAAUGAAGAAGGCCAUUAUGAUUAGCUCUGCCUUCAUGACCUUUUUGUACUUGCUCUGUAGCUGUUUGAGUUAUGCUGCUUUUGGAGAUCACAGCACCCCUAGAGACCUCCUCGCUGAUUUCGGUUUCGGUUUCAAUAACCCAUAUAAUUGGCUGCUUGUCACGGCAAAUGUUGCCUUGGUCAUCCAGUGUGUUGGUGCAUACCAAGUUCAUUCUCGAGCACUAUCCGAUGUGAUUGAGGAUGCCUUAACAGACAGAUUUCCUACCCUAAUCACUAGAGAGAUCAUAAUCCCUGGUUUCCGCCCCUACGAACUCAAGUACCUCUUCCGACUGGUUUGGAGAACAAUCUUUGUGGUUACAACCACUCUCAUAUCAAUGCUUCUGCCAUUCUUCAACGACGUGGUUGGACUCAUUGGAGCUUUAGGGUUUUGGCCUCUCACAGUUUACUUCCCUGUGCAGAUGUAUAUAGAACAAAAGAGGGUAACAAAGUGGAGCACUGAAUGGAUUCUCCUUCAAAUCCUGAGCGUCUUGUGCUUCAUCAUCACCAUAGCCGGUGUAGCGGGCUCCAUUGCUGGGUUUGCUCUUGAUCUGGAGACUUAA